UGACGUAAACGCGUUACGUCCUGACGUCACGGCGUCACGCAAAAUACGGAAAUGAGUCCCUUUCGUUGUGACUCGGUGGUUAAAAUGGCUGAGUAGUUAGUGCUGGAACUCAAUUAAAACAAGAGAUUUGUUCGUUAGCGUGUGAAAGGAAGGGAAGGAGCGGGGUCUGUGCAGCGGUGUAGCCGGGCUGUGGGUGUCUGAGGCGGGGUUUUUACACAGCAGGGACGCUGUACCGGAUCACCAUGUCCCUGUUCCAGACGGCUCUGGGCUUCCUGGCCGGUACCGGUUCCGGAGCCGCGAGCCGGGACCAGCACGACUUCGUGGGUCAGGUGGUGGAGCUCGGAGACACCAAACUCCGCAUCAAGAGGGUCAUUGCUGAGGGUGGCUAUGCGUUUGUGUAUGAAGCUCAGGACCUGGGUAACAACAGAGACUAUGCUCUGAAGAGACUUUUGUCCAAUGAGGAAGAGAAGAACAAGGCCAUCAUCCAGGAAGUCUGCUUCAUGAAAAAGCUGUCCGGUCACCCCAACGUGGUUCAGUUCUGCUCAGCAGCGUCCAUCAGUAAAGAGGAGUCUGACACGGGCCAGGCCGAGUUCCUCAUCCUCACUGAGCUCUGUAAAGGUCAGCUGGUGGACUUUGUGAAGAAGGUGGAGCUAAAGGGGGCGAUGUCAUGUGACACCGUGCUGAAGCUCUUCUACCAAACGUGUCGCGCCGUCCAGCACAUGCACAAACAGAAACCGCCAAUCAUACACCGGGACCUGAAGAUUGAGAAUCUGUUGAUCAGCCAGCAGGGGACGAUAAAGCUGUGUGACUUCGGCAGCGCCACCACCGUCACACACUACCCCGACUACAGCUGGAGCGCACACAAGAGGUCCAUGGUGGAGGACGAGAUCACCAGAAACACGACGCCGGCGUACAGGACUCCGGAGAUGAUCGACCUCUAUUCCAACUUCCCCAUCAAUGAGAAACAGGACAUAUGGGCUCUGGGCUGUAUCCUGUACCUGCUGUGUUUUAAGCAGCACCCAUUUGAGGACGGAGCAAAGCUCAGCAUCGUUAACUGCAAAUACAGCUUUCCGGAGAACGAGAGCCGCUACGCCGUCUUCCACCAGCUCAUCCGCUCCAUGUUGAAGGUGAACCCUGAGGAGCGUCUGUCCAUCACUGAGCUGGUCAAUCAGCUUCAGGAAAUUGCAGCCGCCCGCAACGUCAACCCUAAAUCCCCCGUUACCGAGCUGCUGGAACAGAACGGAGGAUUCGGCAACGCCGCACCACCGCUCACACACACUAACAACGCACACCCCGCAGGUGUGUAUGGUGCUGAUCCUGACCAGGGGAUGGGAGGCUUCCUGGACAUCCUUAAAGGAGGAACGGAGCGCUUCCUCACCAACAUCAAAGACACGUCUUCUAAAGUUAUCCAGUCUGUGGCCAGCUAUGCUAAGGGAGAUCUGGACCUGUCCUACAUCACCUCCAGAAUAGCAGUCAUGUCGUUCCCAGCUGAAGGGGUGGAGUCAGCCAUUAAGAACAACAUCGAGGACGUGCGUCUGUAUCUGGACUCUCGGCACGCGGGUCACUACGCUGUGUAUAACCUGUCCAGACGCUCGUACAGACCAGUUCGCUUCCACAACCGGGUGUGGGAGUGUGGCUGGCAGGUGCGGCGUGCUCCCACUCUGACGAGUCUGUACAGUGUGUGUAAGAACAUGCACCAGUGGCUCAAACAGGACCAGAGGAACAUCUGCAUCGUACACUGCUUAGACGGACGUGCAGCGUCAGCUGUAGCGGUGUGUUCGUUCCUGUGUUUCUGUCGUCUCUUCUCCACAGCCGAGGCCGCGGUGUACAUGUUCAGCAUGAAGCGCUGUCCACCGGGUAUCACACCCUCACACAAAAGGUAUAUCGAGUACAUGUGUGACAUGAUGGCGGAGGAGCCCAUAAUUCCCCACAGCAAGCCCAUAAUGCUCCGCUCCAUCGUCAUGACGCCCGUGCCGCUCUUCAACAAGCAGAGAAAUGGCUGCCGGCCCUUCUGUGAGGUAUACGUAGGAGACGAGCGAGUCGCCACCACCUCGCAGGAAUACGACAGGAUGAGGGACUUUAAGAUUGAGGAUGGCAGAGCUGAGAUUCCCCUCAAUGUGUUGGUGCAGGGAGACGUGCUGGUUGUCAUCUACCACGCUCGCGCCACACUCGGAGGACGCCUUCAGGCCAAGAUGGCUUCCAUGAAGAUGUUCCAGAUUCAGUUCCACACCGGUUUUGUUCCUCGAAACGCCACAACCGUCAAAUUUGCCAAGUAUGAUCUGGAUGCAUGUGACAUCCAGGAGAAAUACCCUGACCUGUUCCAAGUGAACCUGGAUGUGGAGGUGGAGCCUCGUGAUCGCUCCGCCCACAAGACUCCGCCCUGGGAGAACUUCUCCACUAAAGGCCUCAAUCCCAAGAUCCUGUUCUCCAGCCGAGACGAGCAGCAGGAGAUCCUGGCCAAGUUCGGGAAGCCAGAACUUCCUCGGCAGCCUGGUUCCACAAUGUUCUAUGACUCGGGCUGCGCAGAGCCAGAUGGUUCUCCUGAAGAGCGGAAUGCAGACUCUCCCUCACCUCCCAGCACCAGCACAGACUCCAACGCUAACAACUUCUUCCAGACCCUGGACUGGGAGGACAUGGGCGGGCCGCACCAUCACGCUGACGGUGUGUCUGGACCAAUGGACGAGCAGGACGAUCAGAGUGGCGGCGAAUCGGGCGAGGAAUCUGUCUCUUACUCCGCCCCUGCAGAGGGAACCCUGUCACGGGAUGCGAGUGAACCUCUGUUUGAGGCGGAGUUCACGACCUCUGACCCCCAGCCUGACACGGAGGACCUGCUGGGCCUGAACUCCGACCCCUGCCCUCCGAGCGUCGCCCCGGAAACAGGAAUGAAGAGUUGCUCCAGUAACAGUGAUUUGCUGAAUGACCUGUUUGGCUCCGCCCCUGGCCCCUCCCAUACAGGGGACACGGAGGAUCUGUUCUUCAGCAACACGUCCAGCCAGCCUUCAGCUGCCCCUGCUGCCCCCAACACAACUGCCCCCACUUCUACUGCCCCCAAAGUGAAUGACAUCUUCGACCCGUUUGGCGUGGGGUCAGGGGGCACGGGUGGAUCAGACCUGUUUGGUGACCUGCUCGGGUCAGAGAGCAGUGGUUUCAAAGCUCCACCUCCUGCCACUAACUCCAGCCUCUUCAACCUCAAUAAGCUCACGGGGGAUGUGCCCAAGAUGACAUCAUCAGCGAGUCAGCCUGAUUUAUUGGGUGGCUGGGACAGCUGGACCACCGGAACCUCCUCCGGCACGGCAGCUAGCAUGUCUGCUAAUGCUAAAAAACCCGCCUUCACUGCUCCAGGUGUGUCCUCGUCCUUCUCGAAGACCAAGUCUCAGAGCUUUGACCCCUUCGCUGACCUCGGUAACCUGGGCUCCACUCUGCCAGGCUCCUCCAGCAGCGGGUUCUCAGGUUCUGGAUUUAAAGCAGCGCCCCCUGCUGGAGCAGCAAAGAGCUCGAGUCAGUCAUGGCAGCAGCAGCAGCAGCCACCGCCCUCGUCUCGACCCGCUAAUAAACCAUGGGCACCUCCGAGCUCCGCCCCCAAACCCAGCACCACCCAAUCAGCAAAGCCCAACUACAACCUCAACUUCAGUGUGAUUGGAGGACGAGAGGAGCGAGGACGCAGGGGGCCGGGAUUUGGUCCGAAGCCCAAAGUGAAGGAGGAUGAUUUUGAGGAUUUGUUAUCCACUCAGGGAUUCGCCUCCAAACCGGAUAGAAAGGGAGGGCCGCGCACCAUCGCUGAGAUGAGGAAGCAGGAACUGAGUAGAGAUAUGGAUCCCCUCAAACUACAGAUUUUGGACUGGAUCGAGGGGAAGGAGAGGAAUAUCCGCGCUCUGCUCUCCACGUUGCACACGGUGCUGUGGGAGGGAGAGACGCGCUGGAAACCCGUCAACAUGGCCGACCUGCUCUCACCUGACCAGGUGAAGAAGUUCUACAGGAAAGCAGCGCUCAUCGUCCAUCCUGACAAGGCGGCGGGGCAGCCGUACGAGCAGUACGCCAAGAUGAUCUUCAUGGAGCUGAAUGAUGCCUGGUCCGAGUUCGAGAACCAAGGAUCUAAAGCGCUGUUCUGAGUGACGGUACCACACGCUUCUCUCUCUCAGGAAACAGCGAGAGAGGGUGAUGGAGAGAUGGAGAGAGAAACCUGCUACAGAGAGAAAGUGCAGAAUUAACACACGUCUCUGUAAACCCAACAUGCCUUUAAACAGCCAGACAGACAGGGGACGGACAGAGGAAUGGACCUGUCUGUCUCUCAGUGAAAGGACAGACCGUUGGAGGAGGAAAUUCUCACCUGCUCUCACACCGUGUGUGUGUGUGUGUGUGUGUGUGUGUGUGUGUGUGUGUGUGUGUGUGUGUGUGGUCGUCGUAUGGCUAAGGGAACAACAGUGAAAGAAAUACGAGUCACUUAUUGAUCUUUAUUUUUGUGUUUUUUUUUUUCUUUUUUCUUAAUCUUAUUUUUCUGUUAUCUCUUUCUGGUAUUUAUGUUGCUCGUUACUUAUCACCAAUCAGCGUGUGUGUGUGUGUGUGUGUGUGUGUGUGUGUGUGUGUGUGUUGUUCAGGUCUGUCUCACUCUGAGUUGAAUCGUCUCCGUGUUUAUGAACAGCUCGUAAGUCCUAUUUAUUGUUCGUGAGGCUGCACGCAGGCUGCUGAUGUCACACCUGAGGAGAAAAACACCAUGAUGAAGCGCGUGUGUGUGUGUGUGUGUGUGUGUGUGUGUGUGUGUGUGUGUGUGUGUGUGUGUGUGUGUGUGUGUGUGUGUAAAGCUAAAAUCAUUCCAAAGCAUCUACAGAUGUGAAUGUGCUUUAUAUAAACAUUCUUAUCAGCUGGAAUGUAUCAUGACCUUUACUUCCCUCCUCGUCUACACUUUUGUUUUCUUUCCCUCGUUUUUCAGGGACGCACUGAUUCGAGAUCUGAAAAAAAAAAAAAGUGGAUUAAAUUAGAAAGGACAUACAACAUUCUGAUCUGCUCCACUGUGUUUAAAUCAUUAAUAAUCAUUAAUAAUCAUUAAUAUCGAUUACCAGCAAUCUGUCUGUCCUUAAAGCAACACUUCUUAAUCCACUUCAGAGCUCUGAUCCUGGUGCGUCCCUCAUUUCUUCUUUUUCUUUUUGCCCCUAAAAAAAAAAAAAAAGACCAAAUGUAAAAUAUUAACCUGUGUAUCACAAGAGGAUGUGUGUGUGUGUGUGUGUGUGUGUGUGUAUGAGAGAGAAAAUGAAGCUUUUUUUGUUCAUGAAUCACUAUUUAACCAAUUUCUACAAGAGGACUGACUACAGAUUUUAGCUCAUGGUUGAAACUAUUUUGGGGGAAACUAUGUUAAGAAAAAAAAGCAGUGAUGCUGAAGGACUUGUGCAGUAUUUGUGGCAUUCGAGACGCUAAUCAUGACCCUGCGCAUGCUGUGGAAUAAAGAGUGAUUAAUCGUGUGCUAGAUGAUGUCAGGCUCAGUGGCAGUGGGUGGCAGGGUGGAGAUACACACACUGUAACACAGUGGAGUCUGAAGCCUUCACCUGUGUGUGUGUGUGUGUGUGUUCGAGCACAGCACACUAACCAGCAGCACAAUAUUCACACAUCCAGCACGCACCAUGUUUUCUAAUCACGCUCACGUCAGAAACAUCUGCCAGCAUCAGGACUGGCCGCUUCCAAACUUCUCCCAUUUCUAGAUGGAAAAAACUGAGAAGAAAGAAAUCUCGCCAUUCUGAGACAGUAAGGAAGCAGGAGCUGUACGACUAUACACGUUUUAAACUGCACUUCAGUUAACACACACACACACACACACACACACUUCAGCUUCAGUACUAUUUUACAUCACACUGUUAAUGAUGAAAAGAAAUAAAUAAGUGCAAUAAAUGUGCAGAUUAUAUUACACUGUUUAAUGACGUAUCAAUUCUUAAAAUGUUUUUUUUGCAUUGUUUACACCAAAUAAACAUGAGAAAAGCGGAUCAGGUUUAACACAGCAGCUAUAGAGAAGGAGCUGUAGAGAAGGAGCUAUAGAGAAGGAGCUGUAGAGAAGGAGCUAUAGAGAAGGAGCUAUAGAGAACAACGGCCCAGUCCAACAUUUCUCCAUUUGCAGCUACAAACUGAAUGUACAGUGUGACCUCUGUUGCAUGUUUUUUUCAGUUGACUCAGUGAGCGCAGUGCAGCGAGGAAACUCCUCCCAGCUUAAUGAUGGAUGGAGGAGGUGACGUCUACAUCAGUGUGUGACUCUAAGCUAGCUGAGUGUUCUCUCACACACACUCACACACUCACACAAAGUGAUAACGUAUUAACGCAAAAGAACGAUUUUGUCCAGCGUGAUUCUGUGCACAUGACUGUAGAAUCGCCUUCAUCUAGCAUGAAAUAUAUUCAUCAUUAAUAAUUAAAGGACAUUUAGCUGCUUUAUUGACCGUCGACAUUCUCACAACCUCCAGGUUCAAGUGAGGAACCUUUUUUUUUGCUCAUGAUAACACAAUAAACCGUGACUAGCUUGUUCUCGGUGCAUGGCUGCUGGUUAGUGUGCAUUCAGAGGCUGUGAUCAUGUGGCAAAUGUGAACAGUUUUGUUGCGAGACCUCGUUUCUACAGCGUGGACGCAGUGCUUGUUGGUAAAAACAUCUUCAGCAUCUUUAGAUUUAAAAAGGAAAUUUAUGAUUGUGAUCAGACUGAACAUGACGAUGAUGAUGAUGAUGAUGAUGAUUUCUCUCAGUGCUCAUCAGUGUGUUCUUGUUUAUCCUUCUAUCAUGUGGAGGAUCAGAACUCUGUAAAAUAAUGCUCUAUUUUGGUAAAGGACAUGCCUCUUUAUUUUUUAGGUUUUUUUUUUCCACAGAUGUUAAAGUCAUUCAGGGCCUUAUAUCUUAGUUUCCUAUUAUUUUCUUAAAUCAAUCUUACUGAAGACUGAUUUACACGAUGCGCCUGUUUUUGUUCUUUUGGACUGUAUGAAAAAUAAACCACAAUCAACAUGUAGAUCAGACUGAAGCGUUUUUACUUCUGGCUUCUACACUACGCUUAACCUGUUAACGGCUUUUAAUCCAUCAUUCAUCACGUUCCUCUAAUCUUAACUUAUCAUCGCUUUAAGGUUUUAAACCUAAACCCAGUGCCUUGUUGUAGAGGUGUGUCUGGGACAGGAAGGAAGAAAGCACUCUGUCACACUGUUCUAGGAAAAUAAUCAACGAUGGGGUGGUGUAAUCAACCUGACUUACUGUCACCACCCUGAAGUUGAUUAUUUACCUAUAACUGCAUGUCCCCCAGAAAGUGUUUUUCCUCUUAUACUAUAGCAAUUUGCCAGCAAUUACAGUUUUUGAAUCUGGUGUGCAUCAGGACUGAGACUCGACAGGAAAAAAAAAAAAAAAAAAACAGGAAAUAUGAAGCUCACAGGAAAAAUAAACGCCACAUUCAUCAACAUGAGAGUGCAGAUGUCUUCUCGAGGAGUUUUUCCCUGCCACUCAUUCAGUAUGGAUCAAAAUCUACAUCUGGAUUUGUGUCUAAUGUUAAAAGUGCUAUAUGAAUGAUCUAAGAAUAUAAAAGGUGAUCUCUGACCUGUAGUGAUGAGCUGAGCUCCUCUGCAGGUCCUCACAGCUCCAGACCCCUGGUGCCUUCUGUAGAGACGUUUAUCCUCCACGUCAACACCUACACACAAAGACCUGUGUUUAUAAUCUGAGAAAUCCAAGUUGAGCUUUGAAACUUGAUCAUCACACUGAGAUACACACACACACACUCGUACCACCUGGUCACUGAGUCACCCAUGCAGAUGGAGAUACAGCGCUGUGCAGUGUGUCUCAGGACCAUCACUAUUCACAUCAAACUCUGGAGUUUGUUGGAAACAGAGCCUCAUAUCUCGGCUUUGGAGUGAGAUAUUCAGACCAAACCUGCGCUCCUGUGUACGUCUCGACCUCAGUAACCCACGGUGUGAAUUUGGGGAGAAUCUGAAAAAGUCGAAUUUUUCACCCGAAAAAACACAAAGGGUAACCCCUUACAGUAUUUUUGGGUGAAAAAUUUGACUUUCUCUGAUCUUCUUCAUAUUCACACGGUUGGUUACUGAGGUCGAGACGUAGACAGGAGCGCAGGUUUGGUCUGAAUAUCACACUCCAAAGCCGAGAUAUGAGCCGUCAGUUUCACACCAAUUACACUCAAUAUAAUAUACAGGACAUACUAAUUUACACACUCGCUAUAAAUCACACACUGCUAGAAUUCCUGCAAUGCAAUUAACUCUUCAGACUUUGUUCUCAUUCAGUUUUCAUGUAAUUCUGAUUUUAUUUUGACUCACUUACAAAGCGAGGUGUUUGAUGCAAAAAAAAAAAUAAAUAAAAAAACCAGAGGCCUUGAUGUGGAGCCGGAGUUCUGCUCGUCUGACCCUCAAUCCCAGAAUUCUGUUCAGCGUAGAACUGAGAGAGAGUUAACACACGACGAGGGAAAAUCACAAAUCUCACGCUCCUGCCAGCGAUCAUUCAGUUUAGUGAUGAUUAUUGUCUCAUGUCAUUAUCAGCACACACCUCAACCUUAAUCCAAAUGUUCUUCUGAAAGCCAGCACUCCAUGUGUGUGUGUGUGUGUGUGUGUGUGUGUGUGUGAGAGAGUGAGGUAUUAUGUAUGAAUCAGACUCGUCAGGCAGGAGAACACGGCCGUUAUUUUAAUCAGUAACGUCUGUACAGUUUGUUGCAUUGUUGAUUUUGAGAAUUCAAUAAAGUGUAAAUCUUCA